GCGUCACGUGACGAGCCCGUCGGCGUCCUCUAGCAGAACUGUGUAAACAGGCCCGCAGCGCUUGAUGCGGCCCUGCUUCGUCCGCGUCUCCGGCAUGCUGCAGGCGGCCCCGGGCAGCCUGGUCGCGAGCUCAGCGCCCACCUGAGGUAACUCCCGUGGCCUCUCGACCGCUGGACCUCCCGCCACGCUCAGCCGCUAUCAUCGGCCGCGGACGAGGCCGGCGGAGCCCCUGGCCCCGGCAGGGGGUGUGGCUGCCCGCUGUGAGGUCCGCGACAGAAUUUCCACAUCUGUAAAAUGAAAGUCUGGACCAGGACCUUCCACUUCUGUCCUGUAUGAUCUCGAGAGACCUGCAUACAUUGGAAGCUGCCAGAGGAAAAGCAUAGCUUUAAGUCCAUGGCCCAAAAUGACUCUACCACUGGAGACUGUCUUCUGUGAAGAAGACGAGCAGACAGGAGGCUGUGAUGAGCAUACCACUGCAUCAGCUCUCUGCCAUUCCAUCCCAGGAUGCCACCUCCGCCAGAGUCUACAGAAUUAAGACCAAAGAAAAGGAGAGAGAAGAACAGAAUGAGAAGACUUUGGGACAUUCCAUGAGUCAUCCCAGCAGCGUCUCUAAGGCUGGGGGUCCUCCGCUGGCAUCCGCUCCAGUGUCCGCCUUCUCUCGCACCUCUGUCACGCCUUCCAAUCAGGACAUCUGCAGUUCCAGUGCAGUGUUUUCUGAGUGUUGUCACCACAGUUCCGUGCAGUCUGCUGUUGUCUUGAAAGCUCCUCACUGCCAGAGUGCUCUGACACAUGGGCUCACUGUGACGGUUAUCUGUAAGGACACGUUACAGGCGUCAGACAGCAAUCCCUGUGGUGCAGAGCGGACCCGGGCCUCGAAGCCUGCUAAGAAUACCAGACCCAGAAGAACACUAAAGUUCUCAAAAUCCCUAAACGAUAUGGGCGAGAAGGCCCAGGAUCCUUUGGAAAGCUUUGACUAUGUGGAAAGAACUUGCUCUGAAGGGAAAUUGGUGCUCUUUCAAGACCCGUGUCUCAGAAUGUACAGGUUCCAUCAUAAAGAGAAAAGAACACUGAAUAGCAAACCUCUGGGCCAUUCCAAACAGUCUUGUGUUUCCUCCCUGUCUGCCAACCACCCAGCUGCCUCAGAGGUGGGAGGUGGCAAGGGGGGCAUGCCCAUUCCUCUGUGGGAGGAGAAGGCAGAUGACGCAUCCAUGCCCAGGAGCCGCCGGCUGCUCCGGUACCUGCUCUCGCUCUCGCUCGGCUCAGGCGCCAGCAGCCUGCACAGGCCCCAUGAGCGGGAGGGCUGUGCCGCAUACCUGCACACCGCCCAGUCCUCCGGAGGGCUGGCCGGGAGCACGGGCUUCUGCUCUGAUGAAAUGGGAGACGAUGACGUCUUUGAGGACAGCACUUCCGCAAAAUCCAAGAGCAAGGUCCUGCGGGCGCCCCUCUGCUCAGUGGAGAAGGACAGUGACCUGGAUUGUCCUUCUCCUCUCUCUGAAAAACGCCCCCCCAUCUCUCCUGUGUCCACGUCAGGGGACACCUGCAGACUUUCCAUGUGGGUGCGGAUCUGUCACUGUGAAGGGGAUGAUGACAGCCCUCUGAUCACCCCGUGCCGCUGCACAGGGAGCCUCCACUUCGUGCACCAGGCCUGCCUGCAGCAGUGGAUCAAGAGCUCUGACACGCGCUGCUGCGAGCUCUGCAAGUACGAGUUCGUCAUGGAGACCAAGCUGAAGCCUCUGAGAAAAUGGGAAAAACUGCAGAUGACGCCCAGCGAGCGCAGGAAGCUCAUGUGCUCUGUGACGUUCCAUGUCAUCGCCAUCACCUGUGUGGUCUGGUCCUUGUACGUGCUCAUCGACCGCACAACCGAGGAGAUCAAGCAGGGCCAGGCAACAGGAAUCCUAGAGUGGCCCUUUUGGACUAAAUUGGUGGUUGUGGCCAUCGGCUUUACCGGAGGACUUCUUUUUAUGUAUGUUCAGUGCAGAGUGUACGUGCAAUUGUGGAAGAGACUCAAGGCUUAUAACAGAGUAAUCUAUGUUCAGAACUGUCCAGAAACAAGCAAAAAGAAUAUUUUUGAAAAACCUGCACUCACAGAGCCCAACUUUGAAAAUAAAGAUGGACGUGGAAUCUGUCAUUCCGACACAAACUCUUGUUGCACAGAACCUGAAGACACUGGAGCAGAAAUCGUUCAUGUCUGAUUGUGUGGAGGGCGUAGUGUUCCUGGACAUCCACAAACAUCUGAAGGAAAUUGUUUACUGACAAUUGUGUACCUUUUCUUACGUGCUUCAAUAGCACAGACUGGGCAGGUGACUCUUUUUAAUUGCUUCUCUUUUUCUAAACCCUCCUCAGUGAAUCUCCUGGAAAGCUCUCAUAUCAUCUGUGUACGGCUGGGUCCACCUCUGCCAGCAUGUCUGUGGGAAGGGAAGGUGGAAGAGCCUCAGGACACCAGGAUAGGGAGCUGGCCCAUGGUCUGGAGCAGGAGAGAAUAAGAUGCCAAACCUGAGGGCAGAGCCAGGGCAGGGUGGCACCCGGCCCUGAGGUGUAGCUUCUGCCAGUUGGCAGCCACCCCCGCCCUGGAGCAAAGUGUUUGGGGAUGUCUCGUCACGGUGGGAGGAUUUCCCUCCUCACUAAGGAGAACCGGGAGAUGAGCUCCCUCUGCCAAUGCUGCCGAGCAGCCGGGCCUCGGUGCUCUGUGCCUGGUGGCCAGUGGUUCACUCAGCAAACAGCACUUUACAAAAAGAGAAUCUUUAUUUUAUAAUAUGUGUCCAGUGAGACUGACAUUGAAAAGAAUGUCUCAUUUUGAAACCUUCUCUUCAUGACCCUGAGUAUCUCUUUUAUGUUGUGACAGCCCUAAAACCCCUUUUGCCUUAUGUAUUCUAAGAAACAUGACGUCCACUCUGUGUGCAUUAAAGGGACUUGUGACUAUAAAGCAAGACAACCAGGUAUGAGGCUUUUCCAUAACAUUUCACGGGAAUUAAUGGAUUCUAGAUGGCAAUUGGAGCGUGUUUCCUAUGGUUUCAAGCCUGUUUUAUGACAAGUCUUUCUAGGCCUGCCCUGAAAGUCUCUCUUUUGUCAACACUGAAAAGGAAGGGUUUAGAGGUCUAAACAAAAGGAAAGGAAGUGAGAGGGCCGGCUGAGUGGCUCAGUUGGUUAAGAGCUCACUCAAGAGUUUGAGCUCUG